CACACACGCUCUCUCUCUCUCUUCGUCUCACUCGUUUUCAUCAUCAAUUCUGAAAACCCACAAGAGAACAGAAAGGGGAGAAUCAGACCCUCCAUUGCCAACCCUUCAAGCUCACUGUUAUCCGUGGUUUCUAGUGUUGACGGGCUUAAAGAAUUCUUCAACCUUCGAACGUGAAUGCAUCUAUUGGUUGACUUACCAUUAUUGGGAUUGCAUCAAUACUUCAAGCCUCUGGUGCAUUCUGUAGUGUAGCAUCCUCACCCUUCCCCUUCCAGAAUUGUUGACCCCAUGACAAAUAGAUGUCAUUAUGAUGUGGUAAAAAUUUAAGGCCAGUUUUCAGAGCAGAGAGAUUGUUGGCUGCAUUCUUGCUAACAUCUGGUAAGCAAAGUGAAGGAACCUAACGGUUCUAGUUAGCUAUAUUUCCUGAAAGGAAAAAACUUUAUCAAGAAGGAUGCUUCACUCGCUGUGCGUCCCUGCUACACUAGCCUCCUCUGCUUCUUGUUCCAAAACUCUUAAUGUCCAUGCUAAAGCUUCCUCUCCAUACCAACCUCUUUACCUCAGAUUUCGUACAUCUCAUGUUGAAAACGUUCGGUAUCUAAGGACCCUUGGCGUAAUAGACCAUGUGUCCAGGCAUCAAAGACUACCUUCACCAGAUACCAUUGACCGAGUCCUCAACAUUGUCAACUUUCUUAAAUCCAAGGGCUUUCUGGAGUCGGACUUCCCACGCCUUGCUUACCUUUGCCCAGGGCUCUUUGCUUCUGAACUUGAUCCUACUGAUAUUGCACCCGUUUUUGAAUUCCUCACUGUUGACUUAUCAGCGUCUGCUCAAGAAUCAUGUAGUUUGAUCAACAAGUGCCCUCAAAUACUAUUUUCAGAUGUUGACUACUGUUUAAAACCUACCCUUAACUAUCUCAGGCAAUUGGGAAUAGAGAGGCUUAACUUUCCAAGUACUCUAAAUGCACAUUUGCUGAACACACGGGUGGAGAAGCUUCAUGGGAAGGUUAAGUUUUUGAGGAGCAUUGGCCUGACACAUCAAGAAAUAUCUAGAAUUUGUGCACGACUGCCAUCCAUCUUUGGUUACAGUAUAGAUAACAACUUGAGGCCCAAGUAUGAUUAUUUGGUGGAGGAGAUGGAGGGGAACUUGGAAGAACUGAAGAAAUUUCCGCAAUAUUUUGCAUUUAGUUUGGAGAAGAGGAUAGCUCCUAGGCAUUUGCAUCUGAAAAGGAGAAAUGUUAGACUUCCAUUGAAGAGGAUGUUGCUAUGGGGUGAUGAGAAAUUUUAUGCAAAGUGGAAAUGAAUUAAAAAUAAUUGUUAGUUGCCGGUGUCCCUAAUUUCCGUCAUUUGUAUUCUACUAUAGGAAUAAGUGAUGGAUACUUGUUCUCAAAUAGUUAGAGAAGUCAUUACUUUCUUUUAAUCUUUUGGGAUGUAUUGUUAGGUGUAAGAUACUUUUUCGUUAAGGACAAGGAACAUAUAUUUCUGCAAUAUGAUUUGCCUCCAUAGCGCAAAUGAAGUAAUUGAUUUUUGAGUUUUA